GAGAGAGACACGAAGAAGAUCUUGUCCGCCGUGACCAAGUAGCAUAAGUGUGUGUGGUGGACUCGACACUGUGGGGGUACUGGGGCAUGUUUACAGAGCGUCAACUGGACCUCUCCAACCCACUCUCGUCCCCUCAGACACUGAUAAAACCCUAAAACCCCCUUUCAAAACUCCUCUUCCAUUACCUUACCGAAGGAGCGCCAAAUGAGCUUCAUUUUCGACUCUUUGUCUAAACCCUAAUAUCCAAAGCUGUCUGCAGAUUAAACAAAACAGAAACUAUUUGAAUUAUUGAAAUUUCUAGGGUUUAAUUUUUGUUUUUCAUUCAUGGCGUACACCGUUGAUCAAGAUCAGCAGUGGCUACUUAAUUGCUUAACUGCAACACUUGAUACAAAUCAUGAAGUCCGAUCAUUUGCUGAAACUUCUUUGAAUCAAGCAUCUUCACAACCAGGUUUUGGAAGUGCAUUAUCGAAAGUGGCAAUAAAUCGGGAGCUGCCAUGGGGAAUGCGUCAGCUAGCUGCAGUCUUAUUAAAGCAAUUUAUUAAAAAGCAUUGGCAAGAAGAUGAUGAGAAUUUCGAAUAUCCUGUUGUUCAGCGCGAAGAAAAGGCAGUUAUACGCAAUCUUCUUCUACCCUCAUUGGACGAUCCUCAUGGGAAGGUAUGCACAGCAGUUGGCAUGGCUGUAGCGUCCAUUGCACAGUAUGAUUGGCCUGAAGAUUGGCCCGAUCUAUUGCCAGUUUUGUUGAAGCUGAUGAAUGACCAAACAAAUAUUAGUGGUGUACGUGGAGCUUUGAGGUGCUUGGCACUUGUUGCUGGUGACUUGGAUGAUACAACGGUGCCAUCUCUGGUGCCUGUUUUAUUUCCUUGUCUGUACACGAUCAUAUCCUCUUCACAGAUCUAUGACAAAGUUUUGCGCGUUAGAGCUCUUUCAAUUGUUUACUCCUGCAUUUCUGUGCUUGGAUCAAUGAGCGGUGUAUAUAAGACAGAAACCAGCGAACUGGUGAUGUCUAUGAUCAAACCAUGGAUAGAUCAGUUCUGCAUCAUCUUACAGGCUCCAGUGCAGUUCGAAGAUCCCGAUGAUUGGAGCAUCAGGACAGAGGCAUUGAAGUGUUUGAGCCAGUUCGUUCAGAAUUUCCCAACCAUGGAGGCAGAAUUUGCAGUUAUUGCAGGGCCUUUGUGGCAGACAUUUGUAUCAUCUCUUAAAGUAUAUGAGAUAUCUUUCAUUCAAGCCACACAUGAUUCUUACGAGGGAUUAUAUGAUUCAGAUGGUGAAGAUAAAAGUCUCGAGUCAUUUGUCAUUCAGUUAUUUGAGUUUUUGUUGACUAUCAUGGGUAGCUCCAGACUGGCAAAAGUCAUAACGUGGAAUGUCAAAGAGUUGGUCUAUUAUACCAUUGCCUUUUUACAGAUGACAGAUCAACAGGUUGAUACUUGGACUUACGAUGCGAACCAGUAUGUUGCUGAUGAGGAAGAUUCUACAUACAGUUGCCGUGUUUCAGGAAUUCUUCUGCUGGAUGAGAUAGUUGGUUCUUCUGGAGAAGGACUUGAAGCGAUGGUGAUUGCUGCUAAGGAACGAUUUAGUGAGUCUCAACAAGAGAAAGCAGCUGGUUCUGCAGUCUGGUGGCGAAAGCGGGAAGCAACCAUUUUUGCUUUAGCUUGUCUUUCAGAACCUUUGCUUGAAGUCCAGGAUUCCGCGUCAAACAGAUUAGGCUUAGAAAGUCUCUUGGUUCAGAUGCUCACUGAAGAUAUGGGAACAGGAGUACAUGAAUAUCCCUUCCUUCACGCACGCGCAUUUUCAGCUGCUACUAAGUUCUCUUCCGCGAUCACCCCGAGGGUCAGUGAACAGUUCCUUUGUGCUGCUAUUACGACGGUUGGUUUAGAUGUCCCCCCACCCGUGAAGAUAGGUGCUUGUCGUGCACUUUCCCAGCUCUUACCAGAAGCAGAAAAAAGUGUACUUGAGCCUCACAUGAUGAAUUUAUUUUCAUCAUUGAUGGAGCUACUUAAGCAUGCUUCCGAUGAAACAUUACACUUAGUACUUGAAACACUGCAAGCAGCAGUGACAGCAGGUCAUGAAAAAUUGGUGUCAAUAGAGCCCAUUAUCUCUCCCAUGAUUCUUAACAUGUGGGCUUUGCACGUUUCGGAUCCAUUCAUAAGUAUUGACGCUGUUGAGGUUUUGGAGUCAGUAAAAAGUGCUCCUGGAUGUAUGCGACCUGUUGUUUCUCGAGUUCUACCUUCCAUCGGACCUAUUCUUGAAAAGUCCCAGCAGCAACCUGAUGGAUUAGUAGCUGGUUCCUUGGAUCUUAUAACUAUGCUAUUGAAGAAUGCCCCUAUUGAUGUUGUGAAAGCCGUGUAUGAUGUUUGUUUCAGACAUGUUAUAAGGAUAAUUCUUCAAAGUGAUGAUAACAGUGAGAUGCAGAAUGCAACCGAAUGUUUGGCUGCUUUUGUGUCUGGGGGUAGACAAGAAAUGCUUGCUUGGGGUGGUGAUCCAGGAUCUACUAUGAAAAGUCUACUUGAUGCAGCUUCUAGGCUUCUGGACCCUGAUAUGGAAAGUUCUGGAUCACUUUUUGUCGGUAGCUACAUUUUACAGCUUAUAUUGCAUUUGCCUUCACAUAUGGCUCAACACAUUAGAGACCUCAUAGCCGCUCUUGUUAGGCGUAUGAAAACUUGUCAAAUAUCAGGAUUGAAAAGCUCACUUCUACUUAUUUUCGCGAGAUUGGUUCAUUUGAGUGGCCCGAACGUUGAGCAGUUCAUUGAUUUAUUGAUUACAUUGCCAGCUGAAGGCCAUGACCACUGCCUUGCUUAUGUGAUGUCAGAAUGGACUAAGCUUCAAGGGGAAAUUCAGGGGUCUUACCAGAUUAAAGUUACGAUGACUGCCUUGGCUCUACUGCUCUCCACAAGACACGCUGAGUUGGCAAAAAUACAAGUUCAAGGCUAUCUCAUUAAGACUGCAGGAAUAACCACCCGUUCAAAAGCUAAAGUGGCUCCAGAUCAAUGGACAGUGAUGUCACUUCCAGCAAAGAUUGUUUCUUUGCUGGCAGAUAUGCUGAUUGAAAUUCAAGAGCAAGCUUUGUCUGGCAACGAUGAGGAUAGUGACUGGGAAGAAGUUCAAGAUCAGGAUGGCCUGGUAGACCAAGAUCAGUUGUACUCAGUUGGCACAACUGUUGGUGGCAAGCCGACUAAUGAGCAACUUGAUGCAAUGUCAAAGGCAUUUAACGAGAACGCCGAUGAUGAUGGUUAUGAAGACGAUGUUCUGAUCCGAUCGGACCCUCUUAAUGAGAUAAAUCUGGCUGGUUACAUCUCGGAUUUCUUAUUGAAGUUUAUUGAAACUGAAGGGAUUCUAUUUGAACAUCUUUUCCGGAGCCUCACACCUGCUCAGCAGAAGGCAAUUCAAGCUGUACAUAAUCGAGCUAGAGCUUGACCACUAUAUGUGAAACCUUUUGGUGAGGUGUAAAAGAUAAUCUUUCCUCCGAUAGUGUUUGAGUUUGUCAAUUUAAAAGGCCUUUCACCCCUUUGUGCAGGGUGAAUUUUGUCAGUUUUUUCCCUUUAUUUAUAGCAACUUCAGGAAUAGAAUUCUUUUGUAUAUUGUGUGUUACUCUAUUACAAAGCUGGUUCCAGUUUUCAAGGGAGCCUGUAUUUCAGUUAAUCGAAGUGAUAUGAAGUGGAAAAACUUAGUUCUUCUUCGGAGUCAAAAGUUUUGUUUUUAAGUGUC